UCAAUUGUCAGAAAUGUCAAAUGCGGGACGCUAGUUACUACCUACUGUUUUCUUGAUGGAUGCUGUAUUUUAACAUGAAAUAUCCAAAAACAAAGUGAACUAAAUAGGUUUUUCUUUUAAUUCAUUGACUUUGUGUUUCUAAGGUUAUCAAAAUGUCGUCGACAGAUUUUUACAUUCGUUAUUAUGUGGGCCACAAAGGCAAGUUUGGUCACGAAUUUCUUGAAUUUGAGUUUAGACCGGACGGUAAAUUAAGAUAUGCUAAUAAUUCAAAUUAUAAAAAUGAUACUAUGAUUCGCAAAGAAGCGUAUGUGCAUCCUUGCGUGAUGGACGAACUGAAACGGGUUAUAGUAGAUUCAGAAAUUAUGCACGAAGAUGAUCGAUUAUGGCCUCAACCAGAUCGAGUCGGAAGACAGGAAUUGGAAAUUGUUAUUGGGGAAGAACAUAUAUCUUUUACAACUUCAAAGACCGGCUCAUUGGUGGAUGUAAAUCAGUCACGUGAUCCAGAAGGCUUGAGGGGCUUCUAUUAUUUAGUGCAAGAUCUUAAGUGUCUAGUAUUUUCACUGAUUGGUCUACACUUUAAAAUUAAACCCAUAUAAGUUACUAUUAAUAUCUUUGCCAACUGAAAUAAAAAUCUUUUAUACAGAGUAA